AUGCCGGGUGUGUUGCCGUCUGAAGACCCCUGGGUCGGACAGCAGAUUGUCAUGUCUGACCUGUCCGAGAUCGAGGGGUGCUCCAUUGCCGUCGAUGCGACCUACUUUAUCCAAAUGAUGCUCGAUGCCGGGCCUGCGCGUGAGCCGCUCAUGGCUGCCUUGGGGGGAAUUACUGGAUUCCAGAAGAACCUGGGACUCGAGCUCGACCAGUGGGCUGCCAACAACGUGAUCCCGUUCUUCGUCUUUGAUGGCCAGCCAGUGGUCGGCCAGGAAGACGUUGCCAUUGAAGAGGGCCUCCGCGACAUUGCCAAGACUGAUAUCGCAUGGGAACUUUAUUUCGGUAGCCGUGCUAGCGAGGCAGUGAUCGCGUUUGGCGAAGGAUCCACCUUCCGCAUCCAGACUCUCUAUCCUGUUCUGCAGCGGACUCUCAAGGCGAGAAACUUGCACUUCAUCACUCCGCCAUACAGUGCAGCUGCCCAGCUUGCGUACUUUGAUAUGGUCGACUCGGAACAGUGCGCCGGAAUUAUGGGCCAGCAAGAGCUUCUCUUGUACCCCAUCCACGACUGCAUUAUCCGGGCCAUAGACUGGGAAACCAACAAGGUCACGUACAUUUCGAAGAAACAGAUUCUCAGGAACCUGAACGUGAGCGAGCCCAUGUUCAUUGACGCCUUUCUCAUGACUGGCUCUUCAUUCCUGCCCUCGUUUCCUCCUCUGCGGGACGGCACCACCUAUCCUCGACAGCCCAGCGUGAUGGAUGCGUUAAACAUGCUGCGUACUGCGGACAAGAAUAUUGCCAAUUUGUGUGCGUCUUUCCACGACGUUCUUCAGGCCCAGGACCCAAACUGGUUGGACAAGUUCCGCAAGGCUCGCAUGGUGGUAGACCACUUCAUCUACGUGGCCGAGUCCGGUGAGAUCCAGGUCUACGACUUUGAAAAGCUCACGAAAGACAACCACCUCUAUCUGGGCCUCCAGCUCCCAUCGGAGCUCUUCCAUUACCUCAACACUGGGCUCGUUGGCCCGGAGGUGCUGAGCUGGAUUUCGCAUGGUCAAAUCACCAUCCUGCCGACAUUGGAAGGCUAUGCGAGCCCAGAGUACCGCGAGCUGGUGUCCAAACAGCUUGUUCCCUACUACGAGACCGCUCUGGGCUUAGUCAUCCCCCGUCUGAACCGUGGCCUGCAGUUCCGAGACAUUGUGCUGAAGGUGUGGUACGACAAAGGCUUCUCGCUGAGCAUCAACCACCGGAAUGAAGGCAACUCGCCGGCAUCGCGGGUCGAAAAAUGGAACGUGACGGGGGAAUCUCUGAGCACCCAUUUCCCCAAGGCCCAAUCAGGCACCAUUGCCUUUGAGCUGUCAGCCUUUGCCAACAAGGACUUUAUCGCCAGCACACUGAAUGCACGAAAGGCAAAGGGAUUGGAGUCGGAGGACGCCAUUGUCUCGCUCUCGAUCUGGAAGCUGCUGACGCUGAACGGCUACAUCAAGGAGAAGACGCUCGAGCUGACUGCGUGGGGUACAGCUCUGGCAAAGACGCUGUCUGCCCUGGAACCACUGGCAGCAAAGGCGCCCGAUCCGCUGGCGCUCUUCCACGCCGCUCUUCUUUCGUAUGAGCUGAUCAGGUUGGGACUACUGACGACCGGCCACAGACAGGCCGAGCUGCAAGGCUGGCCGGUAAACGGGAGCGAGGAAGACAAGAGCUGUGUUGUCCUGAUCAGCCGGGUGGCCACACUGCUGCAGCUGAGGCAGGAUGUCUCUGGCUACACAGGGCCUCUUAGCAAGAAUCUUCUGGCCUUUCACAGCAUGACCGUGGCGGUGGGCUCGGCGAAUCGGAACGUGAUCGAGGCGUUGCUCGCCAACACGUUCAUGUCGGGCCAGGCUAAACGGAGCAAGCUGGACAAUUGGAAGAUCAGCCAUCGCCUCCCGUUCUACGAGUUCCCCGAUGCUGCACUGUCGAUCGCCGUCAAGACAUUCCUAGACGAAAGCACGUUUGACACGACUCCGGAGCAACGACAGCAGCGUCAGAAGGAGUUCCCGGAGAACUUUAUACCGCGCGCGCUGAAGCCGUUUGAGGAUUUCGACAUGGUCUUCGGUCUCGUAGACGCUCUGCAUGCCGGCGUGGGGACGCUGGGCGACAGCGAGAUGAAGGCGGAUGUCAAGGCGGACUGGGACAAGGCCAAGAAGUAUUUGGACCGCAGACGCUGA